AUGUUUUCGUUGCAUCCAAUCAAGCAAUUUUUUGAUCGAUAUUUAGUACAAGCAAUCGAUGGACGUUAUGAAAUACCAUUACAUGCUAUUUAUGUUGGAAUUAUGAAAGAUCGUCUAAGAGCAUUAGAACGUAAAGUUCACUGUCUACAACACCAACGUGGCGAUUAUAAAGCAUGUCCAACAAAUGAUAAAAUGGCUGAAUUAGAAACAAGACAUACAGAAGUAAUCUCACGUGGCUUAUCAUCUGAACGCGGUACAAUGAGUCUUUCUGGUCUGGUUGUACCUGAUAAACCCGAUUAUAGUAAUAGAAAGUAUAAAAAAGAACACCUCUGA